GGCAACAUACACUGUCAUCUCUGUGCAUUUUCUCACAUAAUUUGCGUGGCUCCAAGAUCUAUAGCACAAAUUUGAUGGCUGUCAGACGUGUCCUCUUUUGUGGGCAUCGGGCGGCAUCUCCCGCAGUGGUGCAACCUCGGCAUCUCGAAUCAUUUGUUCUUCCUGAUCAUCGCGUACCCAGCAAUGUGCACGCCUAUCCUCCCUCGCAAUCCCAAAACGCGAGCAGCGAUCUUGUCAAGACGAGAAAGUAUGCGGCACAGAGUCUCAUCGCCAAUGACACGAUAACGUGAACCGUAUACGAUGGAGUACCUCAAUGCGCUCCAGUCCCCCGUGGACGACCACAAGCCAUCUCUCUUUGAACUGCUCUCCGAACAGCAACUUGCAGCACUUCUCCCUCCGACUUUACGAUAUCUCCUCGCCGUCGCAACUCACAGAUACCCCCGUUAUCUUUUGCGGAUACUCAAUAACUACAAUGAAGUAUACGCCCUCCUCAAUUUGACGGUGGAGAGAUACUACCUGCGGACAUUCGGCGGCAGUUUCACCGAGAACUUCUACGGCUUGAAGAGGGAGAAAGUCUUAAGCAUAAAUGGCGGCGAGAUCAAGCGCACACAGCUGGCUGUCCCAGACGAGGUCCGCGAAAGACUAAAAUUGGGCGGCGCGGAUAUCUGGAGGAAUCUGGCUGUCCUUGUUGGCAUACCCUAUUUGAAGAGGAAGUUGGACGAAAGCUAUGACAUCCACAUUGCGCCGACCGCAAGCCUGCUCAUGAGCAGCAGUAUAGGAGGGCCACGGUAUCUGAACAGAGACGAACUCCCCCCGAAUCCAACGAUCAAGCAAAGAAUAAUGUAUUACUAUAAGUGGUUCUUACGGAACGUCUACCCGAGUCUAAACGCGGCGUACUAUUUCAGCAUACUGGCAUUCAGCCUAGGCUACCUCUUCGACGGGACGAAAUAUUCAAGUCCUUUCCUUUGGAUGAUCGGAACGAGGAUGAGGAGAAUGGGAGCCGCCGACUAUCGAGCACUCGAUGCUGCGAGCGAAGUAGCAGCAAAGGCUUCGACGAUACCGGGGAGACCAGGUCAAGGCCUGAGUGGUAUGCUGCAUCCUCGAACAAUGUAUCCUAGACUCUUGUCCAGUCUAAAAAUUCUCCUGCCGACCAGCAUAUUUGCGUUGAAAUUCCUGGAGUGGUGGCACGCCAGUGAUUUCUCUCGACAGCUUAGCAGGAAAGCAGCGGAAGGCUUGGAAUUGCCGCCACCAAUCGUAUCGGGCAUGGAGCUUGCAAAGAAAUUCAAAGCAGGACCGAACGCUUCCACGCAGAGUGAUGCGAAGCGCGACCCGCCGAUCUCCAGUAUCACAUAUCUACCUAUUUUCACAGUCCCGCCGCCACCAUCAAGCGACCUUUGCCCAAUUUGUCUUCAUCCUAUUUCAACAGCCGCAGCUUGUCAGACAGGCUAUGUUUAUGAUUAUAAAUGUAUAUUCCAAUGGAUUGAAGGCACCCACGAAAGACAAGAAGCAUUCAUGAAGGCAGAGAAGAUGAGCGAAUGGGAGGAUGACGAACGAGAAGAUGAUACUGGCGACGAGAAACAAGACCAGUCACAAUCGAAAGCGCCGAAGAGCAGAGAAAGGAGCUGGGAAAGCGGAAAAGAUCGAUGUGCGGUCACAGGUCGACGAGUCCUUGGUGGCACAAGUGGGCUACGCAGGAUCAUGGUGUGAUAAUGGGAUGAAAUUCUCUUUUCAUAUCUACGAUUGUCUACACAAGAUACAGUAAUGACCAAUGCUGUCGUCAAGAGCAGUGCCACUGAAGGCAGUUCAACAUCGAAGUUCCGAUGCAUAUUGGUUUCGCCCAUCUCCUUGAAUACUUCUUUCAUGCCAAACUUCUGCAAGAGCUGCCAACAAAGCUUUCAGGCAGCACUCUAAGAGAUGCAAGUGGUAGAUUGCGCCGCACGAUAACCUCGCAUUUCAACUCGCCCAUAACGAGUUCUUCUUCCUGGUUCCAGGAUAUACAGGCGAGUUCACGCUGAUGACCUUCCCGCGCCUGGUCUUCAGGCGUGUCCUCCACAUC